AUGGCCAUCUUGACAGACAACUACAUCCUCUGGUCGUGGGCCAUCUUCUUAAUGGUGAUCUCAACCGGCCUCUAUAUUACUCGUUCUCGUUGGUUACCGUUUCUCUCAAAUAUCAUUCCCGAGAAUGCAUACCACCGUCUAAGCUCGUCGUUUGAGGGCGAUAUCGAGGCCGGAUUGAGUUCCGAUGCCUUCAGUCUCGCCGGCAAUGUCCAGGACGGCGAUUCGCGUGCCGGUCUAGACGUCGCCUCCAAGAAAGAAAUCCUCAAAAUCAUGAGGAGCCAGAAAGUCAACUUUGAUGAAGCCCGCCAGCUAUACAUGGUGCAAAAGCUCGCAAAGAAUGGAAUAGCUCCUGACGGCAGGCCCAUGGAUCCCCGAGCUGUGUUUUUCUCGUAG